UCGAGCACCGGGCGGGCGGCGCGCGCCGGUCUCCCGGGUAACGGCGGCACCGGCGGGAGCGGGCCGGGGCUGGGCCGCGCCCCAUGGCCGCGCGCGACCGUGACGCGAUCUCGUGGUACCAGAAGAAGGUCGGGGCCUACGACCAGCAGAUAUGGGAGAAGGCCAUCGAGCAGACCGAGAUGAAGGGCUUCAAAAACAAGCCUAAAAAGAAGGGGCACAUCCAGCCCGACCUGAUCGACGUGGAUCUCAUCCGAGGUUCUACGUUUGCCAAAGCUAAGCCUGAGAUCCCUUGGACGUCACUAACUAGAAAGGGAAUUGUGAGAGUUGUGUUUUUCCCACUAUUCAGCCAGUGGUGGAUACAGGUUACUUCCCAGCGUAUUUUUAUGUGGCUCCUGGUACUCUACCUUAUGCAAGUCAUAGCAGUUGUAUUGUAUUUCAUAAUACCCGUUGUGAAUGCAAGUGAAAUCAUGGGACCAAUGUGCCUUAUGUUACUGAUGGGAACUGUUCACUGUCAAAUAGUGUCCACACAGAUCAGCAAAACUUCAGGAAACAACGGACUCAGCAGGCGGAGGAGGAAAUUACGCAAAUCUGUGGGUGUUGAUGGGAACAGCGGGUCUUCUUCUGAGAAAGCCAGUAAAGAACAGCAGUCAGAAUCUGCAUCCAUUCUUAACAGUCUAUUUGGCAAGCUUUUCCGAAGGAGGGUCAGAAGAGUAAAGAUGGUAGCUGAGAAAGGGACUGAGACAGAAAAUGGUGUGAAUGCUGUGAAUAAUGGCAUUAAGCACAGACAUGCCAGAUCUGAAUACAGGCUGUUGCACUUGAAAGAGAAAAAUAAACUUUCUGAUGCAGAAAAGAGCCAUCAGGAUGAUUGCACCAACAGAGAUGGUAUUUCUGAUGACCUUUCAAGUGAGGAGGAUGCUGAAGCAAUGGCACAAAGGAUCUUAUUAGGCCAGAAUGCAGAAGGGGCUUCCAGUGACAAUAGCUAUGAAGAGAAGAAAAGGCCUCUUGUUUCUCUGAACCAGGCUGUCUCACAGGUCAAGGAAGCCCUUAAAGGCGCCAGAGACUCUGAUAGUGUCGUGGAAUCUGAACUGGAAUCCACAUUAUAUAGUCAGGACUCAAGAUCCUGCAUUAGUGUGGGAUCCCGGAGCUGUAGUGUGACCCGGAGAGACUCAGAAAGUACUCGCCAUGACUCUGAGACAGAAGACAUGCUUUGGGAUGAUCUGCUUCACGGGCCAGAGUGCCGCUCAUCCUGCACCAGUGACAGUGAGGAAGUGACUGUGAAAGGUACCAGGCGAGACGUGAAGGAAGAUGUUUUCCAGCAGAAUCAUUUGUUUUGGCUACAGAAUACAAGUCCAGCAUCUGCAAAAGUGAGUGCGCUGAUCUGGGAAGGGAAUGACUGUAAGAAGGUGGACAUGUCUGUGCUGGAGAUCAGUGGGAUUAUCAUGAGCAGGGUUAAUGCCUACCAGCAGGGAGUGGGGUAUCAAAUGCUGGGAAACAUCAUCACCAUUGGAUUAGCAUUCCUACCAUUCCUCUACAGACUCUUUCGCACAGAUAACCUGGAGCAGUUGUGCUCCAUUUCUCUAAAGGAGCUUUUGCACAUCUUUUGUGGAGCACCUGCUAGCAUCCCCGUCAUUGUUUUGUCUGUGAUCAACUUCCUUGAACGUCUUUGCUUAACCUGGAUGUUUUUCUUCAUGAUGUGUGUUGCUGAGAGAACAUAUAAACAGAGGUUUUUAUUUGCCAAGCUUUUUAGUCACAUUACAUCUGCUCGGAAAGCUAGGAAAUAUGAAAUUCCUCACUUCAGACUCAAGAAGGUAGAAAACAUUAAGAUCUGGUUAUCCCUUCGUUCCUAUCUAAAGAGGCGAGGCCCCCAGCGAUCUGUGGAUGUUGUUGUAUCAUCCAUCUUUUUAUUGGCUCUUUCAAUUGCUUUUAUAUGCUGUGCCCAGGUCCUGAAGGGUCACAAAACAUUUCUGAAUGCAGCUUACAACUGGGAGUUCUUAAUCUGGGAGGUAGCACUUCUCCUUUUUUUACUACGCCUAGCAUCCUUGGGAUCUGAAACCAACAAGAAAUACAGUAAUAUUUCCAUCUUGCUUACUGAGCAGAUAAACUUAUACCUGAAGAUGGAGAAGAAGCCAAACAAGAAAGAACAGCUGUCUCUAGUAAACAAUGUUUUGAAACUCUCUACAAAGCUACUGAAGGAAUUAGAUACCCCAUUUAGACUGUAUGGGCUGACCAUGAAUCCAUUAAUCUACAAUAUAACACGUGUUGUAAUACUUUCUGCUGUCUCGGGUGUUAUAAGUGAUCUGCUAGGAUUCAAUAUCAGAUUAUGGAAGAUUAAACCAUGAACUGACUGAACAUCAGCACUCAGCCAUCUCCUCCACCAGAAGGACAGACCAGAGACCCACAGCUUGGGCAAAAAGCAGAGGCGCUCUCACAUUACAGAAAGAUGUAACUGCCAAGGUCUUCAGCAGAGUCUCAGUGUAUGUACUGAAAGUUGUGCCUCUGCUAUACUGUUCUAUAACUAUAUUGGGCUAAUUAAUGGUCAUCUUAUGGCAUACACAUGUACAACAGGCUAAAUGGGGCUAAUUAGUAGUUGCUGAGAUGGAAAGUUAUCAGGAACUGUGUGCACAUACUGUGGGGCACUGAACACUAUAAAAGUCAUGCUACUGCUCUUACUGGAGUGGCGCGAUGGGUGCCUUGUUUCUUUAACAAACAUCAAUCCUGUGCAUAAGCUAAACAAAGAGGCCUCCUGUUUCAGUCUCAUUUUCAGAGAGCACUGCAGCUACACUGAUUUCAGAGCUCUGUUCAGAUAGACAAUACUUAAUGGCAGUUACCUGAAUGUGCUGAG